AUGGUCCAACGGGUGGCUGGACAUCAAGACGCCGUGUUUCAGUUCUAUGCCCCGAAGAUGUACGACUAUUGCAGAGAACGUGUUGCCUCUCUCCUCGAUCACCAUGAUGACCUCGACCGUCCUUUCACGAACUCCAUCUAUACGACCUUCACCGUCAACAUGGGCCCAAGCUCAGCCUGCACAGAGCACGUCGACAACCUGAACUCCGCUGAAGUGAUGUGUGGUGUCACAUCAGCGGGGCGGUACGAUCAUACGAAAGGUGGCCACCUUGUACUUUACGACCUCAAGGUCAUAAUCGAGUUUCCCUCCGGUUGGACCGCGUUCCUCCCUUCUGCCACUCUCCGGCACGGCAACACAGCAAUUCAAGCUGGAGAAACACGGUAUGCCAUCACGCAAUACAUUCCAGGCGGUUUGUUUAGGUGGGUGCGACACGGCUUCAGACUUGCGAAGAAUCUUUCUGAGGUAGAGAGGCUGGCGAUGGAAGGAACAUCAGACGAUCGCCUACGCAUGGCCUAUGGGCUGUUCUCGAAGUUUGAUGAGUUAGUGAAGGAUCGUAAACCAUUUACCUGA